AUGCUGGAGGAUUAUAUGCACAAGCUGCUGGACCCCCUCCAACACGUAGCACUGGAGGGCAGGAUGCAGACCGCUGAGGAGAUCAAUGGAAGGUUAAACUGUUUGAAGCUGGAGGAGCCUCCUAAUUUUAGGAAUGACAUGUUUAAAGACACGACGGGACUAUCAAUACCAGCGAGUGUGGACCGGAGGGAAAACGGUCUAGUUGGACCUGUCGGGAACCAGGGAUUGUGUGGCUCAUGCUGGGCCUUAGGCUCUUUAGGGGCCCUUGAGGGGCAAAUAAAGAAGAAAACGCGGGUCCUCGUCACUCUGAGUCCACAGAACCUGGUGGACUGCAGCACAGAGGAUGGAAACCUUGGCUGCAAAGGAGGCUUCAUCACAAAAGCGUACCGUUACAUCAUCCGGAAUAGUGGUGUUGAUUCGGAGAGCUUUUUGAGACCUGCAUGCUUCUAA